GUGGCUAAGGGCGUGGCAGAAGCGGUCGUCAGGGGCGUGGCAGCGGUUGCUUGGGCGGGGCCGGUAGCGGCGGGAGCUGCACUGACCAGGGUUCCGGCUGUAUAUCCAUGAGCGCCGCCGGCAGCCGCGGAGCUGCAAGAACAGGACUUAGGGCGAGCUGGGCAGCUGUAGUCAACCACACAAAGCUUUUACAUUAGUUUGAAUAAGAGAUCUCAGACCAGCCUGACUAUACAACUCUUCAAAGAAAAUUCACAUUCACAGUGAGAAGAAUAAGUGAUAUAGAUCAAGAUGAAUGCCAUGCUGGAGACCCCUGAGCUCCCGGCCGUGUUUGAUGGGGUGAAGCUGGCCGUAGUAGCUGCCGUGCUGUACGUGAUCGUCCGGUGUUUGAACCUGAAGAGCCCCACAGCCCCCCCUGACCUCUACUUCCAGGACUCGGGGCUCUCACGCUUUCUACUCAAGUCCUGUCCUCUGCUGACCAAAGAGUACAUUCCACCAUUGAUCUGGGGGAAAAGUGGACACAUCCAGACGGCCUUGUAUGGGAAGAUGGGAAGGGUGAGGUCACCACACCCUUACGGGCACCGGAAGUUCAUCACCAUGUCAGAUGGAGCCACGUCAACAUUUGACCUCUUCGAGCCCUUGGCUGAGCACUGUGUUGGAGAUGAUGUCACCAUGGUUAUCUGCCCUGGAAUUGCCAACCACAGUGAGAAGCAAUACAUCCGCACCUUUGUUGACUACGCCCAGAAAAAUGGCUACCGGUGCGCCGUGCUGAACCACCUGGGUGCUCUGCCUAACAUUGAACUGACCUCGCCACGCAUGUUCACCUAUGGCUGCACAUGGGAAUUUGGAGCCAUGGUGAACUACAUCAAGAAGACAUAUCCCCUGACCCAGCUGGUGGUCGUGGGCUUCAGCCUGGGUGGUAACAUCGUGUGUAAAUACUUGGGGGAAACUCAGGCAAACCAAGAGAAGGUCCUGUGCUGUGUCAGCGUGUGCCAGGGGUACAGUGCACUGAGAGCCCAGGAAACCUUCAUGCAGUGGGAUCAGUGCCGGCGGUUCUACAACUUCCUCAUGGCGGACAACAUGAAGAAGAUCAUCCUCUCGCACAGGCAAGCUCUUUUUGGAGACCAAGUUAAGAAACCCCAGUGCCUGGAGGACACAGACUUGAGCCGUCUCUACACAGCAACAUCCCUGAUGCAGAUUGACGACAACGUGAUGAGGAAGUUUCAUGGCUAUAACUCCCUGAAGGAAUAUUAUGAGGAAGAAAGCUGCAUGAGAUACCUGCACAGGAUUUAUGUGCCUCUCAUGCUGGUUAAUGCAGCUGAUGACCCUUUGGUGCAUGAAAGUCUUCUAACUAUCCCCAAAUCUCUUUCAGAGAAACGGGAAAACGUCAUGUUUGUGCUGCCUCUACAUGGGGGCCACCUGGGCUUCUUUGAGGGUGCUGUGCUGUUCCCUGAGCCCCUGACGUGGAUGGAUAAGCUAGUGGUGGAGUAUGCCAACGCCAUUUGCCAGUGGGAGCAUAACAAGUUGCAGUGCUCUGACACGGAGCAGGUGGAGGCCGACCUGGAGUGAGGCCUCCGGACUCUGGCUCCAGCAGCCCUCCUCUGGAACCUGCGUCCCCUCAUCCCCUGUUUCAGGUCUCCCAUCUCCCUCAGUGACCUGGAUCUGACCUCACACCAUCAGCGGGGGACACCCACCAUGCACACCUGUCUCGGAGUAGGCAACUCUCCCUGGGAGCUCCAGGCUAUUUUUGUGCUUAGUUACUGGUUUUUUCCAUUGCAUUGUUAGCCAUGGUGACAAGUGACACAGUUCUCACCUUCCUGUCCAGUUUCAGCAUCUGAUUGCUUUUAUGCCAAUUACAUCUAGUUUCCCUAUUAAAAAAAUGUGUCUGAACAGCAA